AUGGGAGCGAGACCAACGGCGACCGAAGAGUUUAUGGAAUCCGUCCUUUCGAUCGGGUUCGUCGCUAUCAUCAUCAUCGUUUUCCUCAUCAGUUGCAAGAUCUACUGCGGAUGUCGGCGUAUCAAGAACAGAUGGAGCGGCGGCAACCCACAAAUGAAAUGCAAAGUCAACAUUGUGAAUGGAAAUGGGAACGGCAUGCCCAUGCAGCAGCCGUCGCUUGGCCCGAUGGAUCGUCUGAAGGCGCGCUUGUUGUUCGGGCCGCAACAACCACUACCGAUGCAUUCCCAGAUGCCGCCCUACAUGCCUCCUCCACCACCCGGCUAUCCCGUCCCCUACCAACAGAGCCCUCCUUACCCCACCGCACACAUCAUCCCAAUGAACCAUCAGAUGGCCGUCCAGUACCAGCAGCCCGCUCCACCAACUGCUCAAGCGCCGUUACCAACUGUUCAUGGGUACCAAAUUGACCCACGUGAUCCUCCUGCGUCUGCAUUCAUGCCGGAGAAGCCAAGCGCCUCAGUGUACAUC